AUGGACAAGAACAACGAGACGUACGAUGAUAAACCCAACAGCUCGGUGUUGGACUACCACCAGACCGAGACGCUCGAUCAGGGCGCCAUGGCCGUAGUGCCACGCAAGCACUUUAGCACGCUCGCGCUCAUCGGGCUGUCGUUCGCCAUCCUCAACUCCUGGACCGCCGCCUCGGCUGCCAUCAACCUUGCGCUCGGUGCAGGAGGCCCCGUCGGUGUGGUCUACGGUUUGCUGGUAGGGACCAUCUGCGCGUCGACGAUCGCGCUGUCGUUGGCCGAACUUUGCCAUGUCUUUCCGUCGACAGGUGGACAGUAUCACUGGGCGUAUGCCAUGGCGCCAAAGAGCGUGCGUGCUCCAGUAGCCUACUUUGCUGGAUGGCUGGGUGCGACCGGUUGGGUAGCGCUGGGCUGUAGCGCUCCCCUCUACGCUGCUAGCACCGUCAUGGGCAUCAUCAGCAUCUACCACCCCGACUACACCCCAGGCAUCUGGUUGACCUUCUGCAUCUACAUUGCGGUUUCCAUCUAUUGCGUCUUCAUCAACCUCUACGGCGCCAGGAUCCUCGACAACAUGAACAAGGCAGCCAUAUUCUGGUCGCUCACCGGUGCAGUCACGGUAUUCAUCGUCUGCCUUGCCGUACCCUCAGCGCAAGGUCAUAGAACCCCGGCCAGCGUCGUCUUUGGUCAGUUUGUCAACCUGACGGGAUGGCCUGAUGGUGUUGCGUGGAUGAUCGGCCUCAUCCAGGCACAGUAUUGCCUCGUCGGCGCUGAUGGCGCUUCGCACGUCAUCGACGAGAUUGAUAGGCCGCAUAUCAACGCACCCAAGGCAAUGGUGCUCUCGUGCCUCAUCGGUGGAACAUCGGCAUUCCUCGUGCUCAUCGCCGUGCUGUCCGGCAUCAGCGACAUGGACAGCGUCAUCGGUGCCGGUGCCGCGGGCAUCGUACAGGCGUUCUACCAGGCAACCCUGAGCAGGACGGCUACGCUCGUGCUCAACCUCAUCCUCUUCGGUACCAUCUUCUUUGCUGGCCCGGCGCUCAUGCUCACCUCGAGCCGAAUGAUUCAGGCCUACGCCAACGACGGAUGCCUGCCAUUCAGAAGCAAGCUCGCCUAUGUGUCGCCCAGAUUCGAGGUGCCCACCUACGCAGUGCUCUUCUGCUUUGCAUGCUACGUCGUCUUCGGCGUGAUUCUUUUCGGAUCCGUCAUCGCGGUCCAGGCGAUUGUCAGCGCAUCGGUCGUGCUGCUCCAGAUCAGCUAUGUCGUUCCCAUCGCAGGAAUGCUUUUCGGCGGUCGCAAACGCGUCUACGGCGCGCAAGAUCAGGAAGACGAGGACGUCCCCAUCCCCAAGGACAUCAAGUACUCCCUCGGACCCGUCCUGGGUCCCAUCAUCAAUUCCGCCGCGCUCGCGUACAUCGCAGUGACCACCGUGCUCUUCCUCUUCCCUUCGUACAUCCCCGUCACGUCCGGCUCGUUUAUGAACUACGCCGUCGUGGUCGUGGCCACAACCAUCUUCCUUGCGACCAUCAAUUGGUUCGUCUUUGCAAGGAAGGAGUAUGCAGGGCCGAGAAACUUCAAGGAGAUCCUCGAGCGCGCCCACAUCCAGAGGUCAGAGUAG